AUUCCAAGAAGAUGACGAGGGAAACACUGCCAAGAUUUCCACGCGCGAUUCCAGAUUAGGGUUUCUCUCUCUCUCUCUUUCUCUCUCUCUCUCCCCUCUUUGUGUGUUCUUCUUCUUUUCUUCUGCACUUGUUCCGUAAUUGGGGCUUUGAUAUCUGAGUUCUAUCUUGUCUUGCUUACUUUUAAAUUCAUCUCGUAAGUGCUUUAAUCGACUUUUUGAUGUUUCCUACAUUCGAUUUCUGAAUUUGAAUGAAUCGCUAGAGGAGGUCGUUGAAGAAGGUAGAAAUGGAUGAAGGAGAGGGAGGACUUGGUGUGGGUGCGGAUCAGAUUGAUCAGUUUCAUCGGAACGAGGCGAUUUCUGCCGUUGCUGAUGAUGGUUUCUUAGGCGAAGAUGAGGAUGAAUAUGAGGACUUGUACAACGAUGUUAACGUUGGGGAGGGGUUUCUUCAGUCGUUGAGGAAAAACGAUGAUUUGGGAUUCAAGAGCGAGGAGGAGCCCAAGAUGGAGCCUCCUGCAGCUGUACCACCCACUUCCGGUGCUUCGAUACCUGGUUUUGGCGGAGGUACGACUGAUGUUCCUGGUUUAGGAGAUGGUGGGCACAGUGUUGCGGAAAGAGUAACUGAGGGUUACAAUCAGAUUCCGGAUUUAAGAGCAAAUGAGAUGGCUAUCAGAGUUGGGGCGGGAUCGGGGCCACCUAUAGGUGGCGGAGGUGGGAUUAGGGUUGAAUUAGGACAGGGGAGUAAAACCAAUGAGUUGGAGGAGCGAAGUAGUAAUAAUGUUGCUGCACAUCAGGCUCCGCAACAGCAACAGCCACAGCCACAGCAACAGCUACAGCCACCGGCACAGCCACAGCCACAGCAACAGACACAGCACCACCACCAAGCGCAGCAGGGCGGAGUUUUAGGAAACCCAGUGAGCGUAGAAAAUGAAGGCUUGCUAAGGCAAGGUGGUGGCGUAAAUGUAAAUGGGGUUGGUGGAAAUGGGUUCGGUAAUGUGGGGAGUGCAGGUGGAGGGGGAGGUGGAGGUGGAGGUGGAACCAUUUUGUUUGUUGGGGAUUUACAUUGGUGGACUACAGAUGCGGAGCUGGAGGUGGAACUCUGUAAGUAUGGUCCGUUGAAGGAGGUUAAGUUUUUUGACGAGAAAGCCAGUGGGAAAUCAAAAGGCUACUGCCAGGUUGAGUUUUAUGAUCCUUCUGCUGCCACGGCUUGCAAGGAGGGAAUGAACGGGCAUAUGUUUAAUGGACGGCCGUGUGUUGUUGCAUAUGCAUCACCAUUUAGUGUGAAGAGAAUGGGAGAAGCCCAAGUGAACAGGAACCAACAGAUGGCCCAAGCUACUAAUCCUCAAGCAAGGAGAGGUCCUAAUGAUACUGUAGGUAAAAUGGGUGGAAGUAGCAUUGCGACGGGUGGUAAUUAUCAAGGUGGGGAUAAUAACAGAGGUUCUGGGAGAGGUAAUUGGGGAAGAGGUAAUGCACAUGGAAUGGGAGGUCGAGGGCCUGCUGGCCCAAUGAGGAAUAGGGGUGGUGGGAUGGGUGGCAGAGGUAUAAUGGGAAAUGGUGGAAAUGGUUUUGGUCAAGGAAUGGGUGCCACCCCUCCUUUGUUGCAUCCGCAGUCAAUGAUGGGUCAAGGUUUUGAUCCAUCUUUUGGUGCACCCAUGGGAAGAAUGGGCACAUAUGGUGGUUUUCCUGGAGCUCCGGCUCCCCCUUUCUCUGGAAUUUUAUCAUCCUUUCCCCCUGUUGGGGGUGUUGGCCUUCCUGGAGUAGCUCCUCAUGUGAACCCAGCAUUUUUUGGAAGAGGUAUGCCUAUGAAUGGAAUGGGGAUGAUGCCAACAUCGGGUGUUGAUGGGCCUAAUAUGGGAAUGUGGUCUGACCCUAGUAUGGGGGGAUGGGGCAGUGAAGAGCAUGGUGGAGGGAGAGCUGGCGAAUCUAGUUAUGGAGAAGAAGCUGGGUCUGACCAGCAAUAUGGUGAAGGUAGUCAUGAAAGAGGAGCCUGGGCAAAUUCUGCAAAGGAGAAAGAUAGAGGAUCCGAAAGGGACUGGUCACAGUCUUCUGAUAGAAGGUAUCGAGAUGAUAGAGAGAGAUCCAAAGAAAAGGAUCUGGGGCCUGAUCAUGAUUGGCCAGAUAGAAGGCCACGUGAUGAUAGAGACAUAGGGCGUGAAAGGGACAAGGAUAGGGAUCGGGAUCGGGAUAAGGAACGAUCUCGAGAUUAUGAGCGGGGCCAUCAUGAUCGUGAUCGUGACCGUGACAGGGAUCGUGACCGUGAUAGGUACAAGGAAGAUAGGGACAGAUAUUCUGAUCAUCAUAGGUACAGAGACCGGGAGCCAGAGCAUGACGAGGAUUGGGAAAGGGGACGGUCGUCAAGGACUCAUAGCAAGUCCCGAUUACCACAAGAAGAAGAAAAUCGUUCUAGAACAAGGGAUGCUGAUUAUGGGAAGAGGCGGAGGCUUACUUCUGAGUAGCUGAAUAAUUCAGCAUACAUGCUUUAAUGUUUAAACUAUAUAGAGUAUGGCUUUCCAUGUUCAUUUGGGUUCUCUCUUCGAAGUUCUGGGCUCUUUGAUUCAUCAUUGCUCUUUUGCCUAUGCUGUUUAUUGUCUGAACCUCGGCGUAUGUCUCUCUACCUACAGGAGCAUGGUCUGAUUUUUUGCAAAAAAAUCUUAAACGACAUUCGAUACCGUGGAUUUCAUUCAGUGGAACAGCAGUUGGUUCGGUGACAACAUGAACCUUUAAAUUCGCGUCUGCAUAGAGAGAACUCCCAUGCAUGGCAAUACCUUCUCACUCUAUUAAUUUGAUAAAGAAACUUCUUGGUUUAGAACUUCUCGCGUUUCUUUUGAAUGAUGUUUCUUGACUUCUUGGCACUUGAUGACUUUGAUAUUCUUGUUUUAAUGGCUAAAUACUGUUCGAGUCUAGACAUGUCUAUAUGUUUUCAGACAUGUAAAUGGCUUACUAUGUUGUUAGAGUAUCGUAGCCUCGAGGAUGUUGUGUUGUGCGUUAUUCUGUUUUAUGAGUUGUUGUAUCAUAUAUUCACACACCUCUUUCCAACCCUUUUUUUCCUUUGGGUUUCCUUGAUUCCACACCUUAGUCAUUCUAUUGUCAAGUGUGGAGCUAAGCAUUCUUUUAGAGGUUGUAUGUACUCAUACUUGUUUGUACCUUUUACCAAUUGAUAGAUGUAGUUCUCUGAGGUUGUUUGGCCUCAUUCUUGUAUGUAUGUACCUGUUACCAAUUGACUAGAUGUAGCUUCAUUCAAAGGUUGUAUUAUGUAUGUAAAUUCUUGACUAGAUGUAGUUUCA